AAGCUAUAAAUGCAAACGAUACAGCACCUCACUUUCUCUUUACUCUUUAACGCCGGUCUCUCAGCCCUCAAGAAAGCACCGAAUAUAUGCAUAUUUUGGCUUCUUCCUCUCUGUUUCUGUCUUUGAUCCAUUCUUUUCCUGCUUUAUAAUGGCGACUAGGCUUCGGUUUGAAAAUUCAUGUGAAGUUGGUGUCUUUUCCAAGCUAACCAAUGCUUACUGCUUGGUUGCAAUUGGAGGGUCAGAAAGCUUCUAUAGUGCCUUUGAGACAGAGUUAGCAGAUGUUAUUCCAGUCAUUAAGACCUCUAUUGCUGGCACUAGAAUAAUUGGAAGGCUGUGUGCUGGAAAUAAGAAUGGCCUUCUUGUCCCCCACACCACCACAGAUCAAGAACUUCAACACUUGCGGAAUAGUCUAUCAGAUCAAGUUGUUGUACGGCGAAUAGAGGAGAAACUAUCUGCUCUUGGGAACUGUAUUGCAUGCAAUGACCAUGUUGCUCUGACACACACUGAUCUAGACAGGGAAACUGAGGAGAUAAUUGCUGAUGUCCUGGGUGUAGAAGUAUUCAGGCAGACAAUCGCUGGUAAUAUUCUUGUAGGGAGCUACUGUGCCUUCUCUAACAGAGGCGGCUUGGUCCAUCCUCAUACAUCCAUUGAAGACUUGAACGAGCUUUCGACACUUCUUCAGGUUCCAUUGGUGGCUGGCACUAUCAACCGAGGGAGUGAAGUAAUAGCUGCUGGAAUGACUGUAAAUGACUGGACGGCCUUCUGUGGGUCAGACACCACAGCAACAGAACUUUCUGUCAUUGAGAAUGUCUUCAAGCUGAGGGAAGCGCAACCUAGUGCUAUUGUAGAUGAGAUGAGGAAAUCAUUGAUCGACAGUUACGCUUAAUCUCCCUUCGUCUGGUUCUGCUCAUCCUUUGUCUAAAUUCAAGUCGAUAAAAUGUUCGGGUGUUGUUUCUAUGUCAUGUUGAACUCUAAAAUGGAAAGUGUAAAUUUUGAAACAGUGUGAAAGGUUGAUUUGUGAUGAAGUGAAGAACACCUGAAAAUUAUUUGUUUUCAUCUUAUGUAAACGUUUAAUGCAUCUUUCUCUUGUGGUA